UUGCUAAGCUGCCGGUCGUUAGUUUAAUAGGCUGUCCACAGUGUCUGCGAGGAAUUGGAACAUCCGCCGCCCAACUCAUGGUUGCCAGCCUUUUGGAAGAAAGAAAUAGAAAAAUAAAAGAGUUUUUGAGACAGAGAGGGAGAGAGUUUUACAAACUCCAAAGAGUAAUGGACAGAAAGUGAGAAUCUUUUUCGCUUGGUAUAAUCCGUCUGAAACAAAAAAACAUUUUUGGGUGAGAGGAGAGGUAGCUGGAUUUGUUAUUCCUAGAUCAAACAACAUUUUUCUGUCUCUCUCUUUCUCAUCACCUGUCUUUCUAACCCCCACUACAGGAUCACCAUCCCAUCAAGUAAAUUUGUAUUUCUUGUGGAGAUAUUUGGGGGCUGGUCUGGUUAUGCAAUGGAUGGAGAGGAAAAGAAAGUGGGGUUCCGAUAAGAACGAGGUUUUCUUUGGUUUGGAACAGAAGUUCUAAUCUUUGUUCUGGGUUGUUUUUCUUCGUGGUGAGAGUAUGGAUUCAAAUGAUAAACCCAAGAGGCUCUACAAAGUUUGGAAGGGAAGCAAUAAAUUUUUAUGUGGUGGGAGAUUGAUAUUUGGUCCUGAUGUUGCCUCUCUAUUUCUAUCCACGUUCCUUAUUGGAGGCCCUGCAAUUGCUUUUUGUAUAAAUGUAUAUCUUAAGAUCAAAGAUGACAACGACAAGAACCAUGGACUUUGGUGUUCUGUGUUGUUCGUGGGCUCAAUCCUAACUGUUUUGGAUUUAACAUUUCUCUUCUUGACCUCUGGAAGAGAUCCUGGAAUAGUCCCUAGAAAUUCAAGGCCUCCAGAGUCAGAUGAAGCAUGUGAAGCAACUACACCAUCUAUGGAGUGGGUUAAUGGUAGAACCCCUCACAUGAAACUUCCCCGGAUGAAAGAUGUGAUUGUGAAUGGUCACACUGUCAAAGUGAAAUACUGUGACACUUGUUUGCUCUACCGCCCACCUCGUAGUUCGCAUUGUUCCAUCUGCAACAAUUGUGUCCAGAGAUUUGAUCAUCACUGUCCAUGGGUUGGUCAGUGCAUUGGAUUACGUAACUAUCGGUUCUUCUUCAUGUUCAUUUCAACAUCAACCAUCUUGUGCAUACAUGUCUUUGUGUUUUCUUUGAUCAGCAUUCUUAAAAAGGAUGGCAAUUUUUUGAAGGCUAUACCACAUGAUAUCCCGUCAGAUUUUCUCAUAGUCUACUGCUUCAUAGCUGUCUGGUUCGUCGGUGGUCUUACAAUUUUCCAUUUCUAUCUGAUUUGCACAAACCAGACAACGUAUGAGAACUUCCGUUACCAAUAUGAUAAGAAGGAGAACCCAUACAACCAGGGAAUGAAGAAAAACCUCAGAGAAGUUUUAUUCUCUAAGAUUCCGCAUUCCGUGAAUAAAUUCCGAUCAUUUGUGGAGGAGGACGAACAUGCGGUGCUGGCGUUUGUGAGUCCGAAUCUUGGGGAAGCUACUAUUAGCCCAAAGGAGAAAAUUGACAUUGAAAUGGGAACUAGGUGUGCAGAGAGCAGUGGUUUCUCGCUUCCUGAAAUUUUGCGAAAUUUGGACUAUGAUGAUUUGGAGGAGAAUAUGAAGAGUACGGAGGAAGAACAAAGACCUGCUAUUGAUGCUUUGCCUGUUCAGCAGGAAUCAAAACAAUCUAUUCAAAGUUCCAUUGGUGAAGAUGGAGUGACAAAAUUCAUGCAAAGCUCAUUAAUUGCAGAUGAAGUGACAAUGUCUAUUCAAAUAUCCUCUUCUGGUGAUGGAGCUGUUGAAUCUGACCAAAAGUCCGUGGCUGUCAAUGGAACUAAAGCAGUCGAAGAAACUGAUGAAGGAAAUAACCCGCACCAAACCAUAACAUCAGUUUUCCAAGCAUAAAGGACAUUCUUCUGUGGCUUGUACAUCUAGAAGCAGACAAGGAUUUCUUUGUUUUUCUAGGAUUGUGAGUUCCCAAAUGCAGCAGAGGUUGAAAUGAUGCGCAGGAAUGUUAAUUUUGCUGGAAAAGAAGAGGAGAUUGUUGGUCCAUAGGCGUUUUUCGUCAGUUAAUGUUCCACCUCUUCUGACUAACGAUUGUAAAUUGUUGUUGGCUGUAAAGAAAGAAAAGGAAAGAUAAAAAUACCAUUUGUAUUGAAAGAAAACCCGAGAAAAUUCACACAGACGCUCUCUGAUUUUUUAAGGAAAUUAGCACCUCCAUUAAGUUUCUCUCUUUUG